GUACUAUGCUGCUCAUCCUGGGGACCAGACAAAGUUUCUAUGCUCAGGAUUUAUAGGGCCCUUGUCCGCUCUAAGCUGGACUACAGUUGCAUUGUUUAUGGCUCUGCGCGAGAAUCUACUCUUCGUAUGCUGGAUCCAAUUCACCAUCAAGCACUACGUUUGUGCACUGGUGCUUUUCGAACUUCUCCUGUUCAAAGUUUGUAUGCAGAUGCUUAUGAGCCCCCACUAUCUCUCAGGAGAGAACAGUUGUCUCUAUUUUACUAUAUAAAACAGAAAUCUCACACUAAAUCUUCAGCUGAUUGUACAGUAUUAGAUACUCCGCUGAAUAGGUUAUUUGAAGCUCGCCCAAGCUGUGUCCCUUCAUUUGCCAUAAGAAUGGAAAAUGUGAGUAGCACGAUUGACCUUAACACAAGCAACAUUUCACAGCUAGAGGUCUGUAGUAUAUCUCCUUGGUCUACUCCUGUGAUAAAUGUUGACCUUAGCUUAAAGCAAUUUCCAAAGGAAUCCACCCCAGACUACAUCUACAGACAGCACUUUGCAGAAAUUCAACAUCGUGACAGGAAUUUAAUUCCUAUUUAUACAGAUGGAUCUAAAUCUGAUGAUUACGUCGGCUCAGCUUUCGUCUGCCAGGAUGAAAUUGUGGCAGAACAAAUUGCAUCGAAUUCUUCCAUCUUUUCUGCAGAGUUGCAUGCUAUUUAUUUAGCUUUAAAUUAUAUAAAUAGGAAAGGUCAUCGUUGCUGUGUGAUUUAUACUGACUCAGUUAGUGCACUUCAGGCUUUGAUCUCGAGCAAACCUAGUUCUCACUCUAUAGUGAUUAAAACUCAAAAACUGUUUUGCCAUCUUAUUGCAAGUAAUUUUUUUGUAAAAUUUUGUUGGGUCCCAGGCCAUGUAGGUAUAAAAGGAAAUGAAGAAGCGGACGCAGCUGCAAAGGCAGCUAGUCCUCUACAACAUAUAAUGCCUAUUGAAGGAGGUGAUUUGAAGCUAGUUGUUAAAAACCGACUAGCAGAGCGAUGGCAAAACAUGUGGAAUGCACAAAUCCACAAUAAACUACACGAGAUCAAGCCGAAUAUAGAAAAUUGGACACAUAAUAAACAGUAUGACAGGAGAUCUGAAGUUAUUCUUAGUCGUUUGAGAAUUGGGCAUACUUGGUUGACUCAUCUGUACCUUUUGAAGGGUGAAGACCAACCUUUAUGCCAAUAUUGUAACUGUACUGUAAGUGUUAAACACAUACUUUGCAACUGCAUUGCCUCUGAGAGGAUACGUAGACAGCAUUUUGGAAAUGCAAGCUUUAGAGAGAUUCUGGGUCAGAGGCCAAAUCUUGAUAAACUGUUGAACUUUCUGAAAGUCACUAAUUAUUAUAAACAAAUUUGAUUAUUUAUUUAACGAUUUAUUUAUUUAUAUGUUGUUAUUAUAUACACGUGUACUGUUAUAUAUUUUUGUUAUAGGUUUUGUUAUUUAUUAUAUUAAUAUAGA